CUAUAAAUUAUUCAUCUAUCCGCCCUACAAAUUAUCCAUUUAAAUUUUCUAACAAUCCGUCCUGCAAACAGAUCAUCCAUGGAUUAUCCACCAGAGCAAUAAUUCUCCACGCGGAGCCCCGUCGCGCAGCCUAGCCAAUCCUACAAUUUUACUGCCUUGACUUCAGCGUUAUCUAUUCCAUGAAUGAUCUGAUCUGUACACAACAACUUAAAGUCAGAGUUGAAAGCUAAACAGUCAUCACGAAAAGAUGGCUGUAGUCACGGCAGAUAAUCAUGGCCCUCUUCUAAACGUCGCCAUGUGGAUUGUGCUGGUACCAAUGGUUAUUUUAACAUUAACAAAAGUCUACAGUAAAUACGACACGCUUCGGAAAAUCCAGCUCGAUGAUUAUUUCGGGCUCAUUGCCAUGGUAUGUCCAUUGAAUUCUUAUCUACUCUCCAAAGAGUGUCCUUUUCGUAUUCUAGGCUCACAAUUUGCCUGCCAUAAUAGCUGUUAUCGGUAGCUCAAUGCGUGUGCACAUCAGAACAAAUUGUGUAUGGACUUGGACAAAACCAGGACACUAUCCUUCCAAAUGAGUUGAAUAGCUUCUAUAUUGUAGGAUAACUCCUACGACACAUAUCGAGCAUCAACAGAUACUGACAAAUAACAGGCUCAAUAUGUUGGUAAUAUCAUAUAUAUUCUCGCAAUCUUCAUGACAAAACUCUCAACUCUCUGUUUCUUUGUUUGUCUCACGAGAGAGGACAGCGCUAAACGACGGUUGAUAUAUAGAAGCAUCACUUGCGUCGGAAUGUGGAUUUUAACCAGUGUAAUUGUGGUUGCUCUGCAAUGCCAAUUUCCAGAUCCUUGGAUUUUCCGGAAGGGGCGAUGUAUUGACAUCGUAAGGAUAACUCCACUUCUCCUAUAGAACAUUCUAACUUCAGCUUUUGUCUUCCAGAGAGUUUUUUGGACAAUUAAUGCGGCGACAGAUGCCAUAACCCAAGUGUUUAUCUGCCUGCUUCCGAUAUAUAUUCUACGUGCCCUGAAACUGGAGAGAUCUAAGAAGCAGCUUACAAUGCUCUUGUUCUCGCCCAAUCUUUUGUAAGCCCUGCUGUCCUUUCUCGUUCUCCCGUCUCUGUUCCCUUAAAUGCAUAGCUAAUCCAAACCACAAUAAAAGGACUUUACCUCUUCUCGCUCUCCGCUUGGUCUAUCUUUAUGAUACCAUGCAUUCAACCAACUAUACUUGGGAUGCAUUUAAUCUAGCAUUACUGACAAAUUUACACACUUCCCUCGCCAUUAUAUUAUCCUGCAUUCCAUUCUCUAAAUCCAUUGUCGACAGUCUCACUUUUUCACCAAUCAUCAUUACAGACAAUACAAGAGACACUAUCUCAAAUCGACUGAAAAAUUCGGAAAGAGGAACCAAUUCCAACACUGGGUGAGGCUCGUCCCACUCCUUAAGCGGCGCUGCAGCUAGUACCACUACAAUUGUAAAUAUUGCUGGAGGUGAAGCACGAGAAUUGAACAUGUAUUUCAAAUUUUCCGAGAGUCAAGAAUGAACGAUUUCAGGGGAACGAGCCUGACGAUGAGUAAAGGGAGUAGCAAUCGGAAAGAAAUACGACAAAUAGCCUCAG